AUGUCUCAUCGUAAGUUCGAAGCACCUCGUCACGGUUCCUUGGCUUUCUUGCCUAAGAAGAGAUGCCGUCGUGGACAGGGCCGUAUCCAAGCCUUCCCCAAGGACGACGCCUCUAAGAAGCCUCAUUUGACUGGCUUCGCGGGCUUCAAGGCCGGCAUGACUCAUGUUGUCCGUGAAAUCAACAGACCCGGCUCCAAGCUCCACAAGAAGGAUGUUGUUGAGUCAUGCACUGUCAUCGACUGUCCCGACAUGGUUGCCAUUGGGGUGGUGGGAUACAAGGAAACACAGACCGGUCUUCGCGCUGUUACGACUUGUUACGCUGGCUACCUGUCCGAUGAUGCCCGUCGUCGUCUGUAUCGUAAGUGGUAUUGCAGUAAGAAGCGUGCCUUCACGAAGUACAUGAAGGCCUUUGCUGAGACCAAGGGCGAGGACAGACUCAAGAAGAUUGCUGAGGAAUCGGCGGUUGUUCGACUGAUUGUGCACUCUCAGCCCUCCAAGGUUCCUGGCACUCAGAGGAAGGCGCAUGUGAUGGAGAUUCAGAUCAAUGGCGGUUCAAUCGCAGAGAAGGUAGAGUUCGCCAAGGGUUUGUUUGAGAAGACAAUUCCUGUCAACACUGUAUUCACUGAGAACGAGAUGAUUGAUACUAUCACCAUCACGAAGGGCAAGGGAUUCCAGGGCGUCAUUAAGCGAUGGGGCGUCACCAGACUCCCGCGCAAGACCCAUCGUGGCUUGAGGAAGGUCGCAUGUAUCGGUGCCUGGCACCCUGCCCGUGUGCAGUUCCAGGUCGCUCGUGCCGGUCAACAAGGUUACCAUCACCGCACCCAGAUGCACAAAAAGGUUUAUCGAAUUGGCGCUGGCUCUGACCCUCGAAAUGCCGGAACCAACUGCGACCUUACCGAGAAGGCCAUCACCCCCAUGGGGGGCUUCCCUGGUUACGGAACAGUGAAGAACGAUUUCCUUCUCAUCAAAGGUGCUGUGGCUGGACCUCGCCGACGUCUCAUUACGCUCCGCAAGACUCUCUUCCCUCCCACCUCUCGUAAGGCUCUUGAGGCCUCUGACCUGAAGUUCAUCGAUACAUCUUCCAAGAGAGGACAUGGCAAGUUCCAGACUUCUGGCGAGAAGGCCAACUGGAUGGGACCUCUCAAGAAAGACAAGAAGGUCGCCACGGAGUAA